CCGCCACGCAAAAACCGUAGGUAACCAUCAUGUCGCCUUUCGGCGACGGAGUCAUCAAUGGCGGAUGCCGCUGCUUGAUUCCUUCCGGCGAAGAAGAUGGUUUCCACGAUGGAGACACUAAUUGUGGUUUCUCCGCAUCGCACGACGAGACUUGCACGCAUUGCGCGUCAUCAUGUUCUUCCUCUGCUCUUGGUCUUGAUUCGAGUCAGUUAACGGAUUCCGAAAAGUUGCGAAGACUUUUAGUCGCUUCAGCUAAAGGCUUCUCAAUUGGAGCUGGCCUGCAAGGUGGCUUAGCUAUCUUCUCGAUUAUCGCACGCUUGCAGCGCAAGAAAUCAAGGAAAGUUGACUCGUUUUCUGAUAAAGAGGCAAUUUAUAUGGCAAUUAAGGAGACAAUUAGAUACGAUAUUUUUCUUGGAACUUUUGCUGGUACAUUUGUUUCCAUAGAUGAAAUCAUUGCUACUCGAGGAAGACAUCACAGGACUGCGAAAUGGCGGGCGUUAGUAGCCGGGCUGGUUGCAGGGCCUUCCAUGCUUCUUACCGGGUCUAACACGCAACAUACAAGUUUGGCCAUAUACAUACUCAUGCAAGCUGCUGUAUUGGCAUCACGUUGUGGAAUAAAGAGAAAACGAUUUGGGAAGCUUUGUAAACCUCUUACUUGGAAGCAUGGUGACAUAUUCCUUACGUGUCUCUCUGCUUCAGAAAUUUUGACUUCUUACAUCUUGAAGCAAGAUAGUUUGCCCCCAUCAUAUAAGUCCUUUCUCAAUGAACAUGGUGGGAAGGAUAUUGUCAUUCUGCAAGGUGUAAAAGAGCUUGCAAGCAACCUCCCAUUCACUACUUUGGAAGCAAUAGAGAAACUUCACAAGGCAAUAGGGGUGGAAGUUAAAUUAGAUCCAAACAUGAAAAUCCCUUGCUCAAUGAUACACGGGAAUAAAUCAUGCGGAGCACAUGCUGUUACUUUUCUUAUUGAAGCAUAUAAAAGGGCAUUACCAGUAUAUCUUCCAGUUUAUUUGAUUCCUGCUUUGAUAGUUCAUCGUCAAGGCCUCUUCAAAAGGCCUUACAGGUUAUUGGGAAAAAGUAUUGUUGAUAUUGCCAGAUCAAGCUUAUUUUUAUCUACCUAUUGCACAUCAGCUUGGAUCUGGACUUGCAUGCUGUUUGGGUCCUUCAGAAAAUGUAACAUACCAUUGAUAGCAAUCGGAACGUUUCCAACGGGUCUGAGUGUUGCAAUUGAGAAGAAAAGCAGGCGGAUGGAGAUAUCACUCUACUGCCUUGCACGAGCCAUAGAGAGCUUCUUUACGUGGAUGGCUGAUGAGGAGUAUUUGGCGGGGUCAAAGAAUCUGAAGAGACCUGAUGUGGUGAUUUUUAGCUUAUCAACAGCUAUCAUAAUGCAUUGUUAUGCGCAAGAGAGGGAAGUGUUUCGCUCCAAGUACUUAAACGUUCUUGAUUGGAUCUUUGGUGUGCCUCCUCAGCCAUGCCAAACCCCUCGUUGCAAAAACGUCGGAGCAGUUUGA